AGAAGCUGAAUCAGCUGUGGGAGGAGGCCCAGCGGCUUAAUCUUUCUCCUGUGAAAUUGUCCGAGCUCCAUGCUGAUCAAGAUACAAGCUUGAGCUUCAAGAUACAUACGCGAAAGGGACGAAUUCAAGAGGAAGAGAUUGAAGGCUGAAGGCUUAGAUGAAGAUGGAGAGAAAGAAGCAAAACUUAGCAGUCUCAGCGUCAUCCUGGCCAAGUGUGGUCGGGACAGGAGAAACGACGCCCAGGCCGGCCGUGAGCAGCAACGUCCUCAGCCCCGGCGCCGAGGACCACAGCCUGGAGGACCCCCGGCUGGAGAAGCUGUGGCACAAGGCGAAGACCUCCGGGAAGGUUUUCAGUGAAGAACUGGACCAGUCGUGGCGGGAGUUUCAGCAUCACAGGGAGAAGGUCCAGGAGAAUAAGGUCCUUCUGGAGACCCUGAGCAGGACAGAAGAAAUUAAGGAAAACGUCGUCAGUCCCGCCGACGUGACCCACGGCCAGGAGAACGUGCUGCAGAGCAGACACGCCGAGCUGAAGGACAGGCUGCGGGACAUCAGCCAGGACUUCGACCACCUGCGGAAAGUCGGCCACCGGGGCUGUGGCGCCGAGGCAGAGUUCGACGAGCCCCAGGUGAUGGAUCUGUGGGACCCGGCCAGGUCAGCCAACUUCACAGAGAAGAAACUGGAAUCCUUUUGGGAAGAGCUUAAGCACUUUGACACCAAAAUCGAAAAGCAUAACCACUAUCAGAAGCAGCUGGAAAUUUCUCAUCACGAACAAACACGUGGUUGGCGACCGGGAGCGCAGCAGGCACGGAACAGAGAGAUACGCCUUGUUGGAGGAGAAGACCAAGGAGCUAGGCUACAAGGUAAAGAAGUAUUGACAGGAUCUGUCCAGCCGGGCCUCCAGAUCUCACCACAACGAGCUCUGAGGGCCUAGGGAGCUACACACAGAAGUGUGUAGCUGCAGCUGCUACAUACUUCUACUUUCUAGUUGACAAAACUAUAUAGCUGCGGCUGCUCAGCUGUCAGCUCCUCUGGUCUCUUCUCCCAGUCUCUGUGUCCUCGUGAGUUCAUUUCUUUUUUCAUUCCUCUGCUGUCAUUUUUGCAAGGUUAUAGGAAAAAAGCAAACACAAAUGCAUGUGUUCAGUCUGCCUUUAACCAGAGACAGUCCUGAUCAUUUUUACGGCUGUGAUAAUCAAACUCAUUUGAAACCUCAUCUUCUCAUCGCCCCUCAGCCCCCGCUAGAUAUGUAGCCUCGGGGGCUCAAAGUUGGGAGAGGAGCAUGGUCUGCUAUUCAAACACUUUCUCCAAGUUUGGACAGGAAAUAGGGAUGAUAAGGAAAAAGUGCCUGCUUCAUGACUUAACUGGGUACGUUUCAGUCCCUAGCUCAUUGUCUGUGGACUCAUGGAGAAGGGUGGUAGGCAAAUGUGCCCCACCGACAAGGUUCUCAGUGUCAUUCAGCUCCCCUAAGCAUUGACAGUUUCCUUCCCAUCUAGCUUCUUCCAACCUUCAGGUGGGGACAUCCAUGCAACAUCCCUGCAACUGGCAUGCCUCUUUGCUCUCAGAUGCUGCAGCAGUGCAGGCAAGACCAGAGCUUCCAUUCUCAUUUGUCCUCCCCAGUCAGCUCUGGAACCAGCAAUACAUGUGAGAUCCACGUCUGAAGGUGGGAGGGAGCCAGCCUGGACCUGUCCCCCUAGUAGUUGCGUACCAUGUCAUUUCCCUCCAGUUCUCUUGUCCCCGCCAAGGUAGCGCUAAGACAGUGACCCUCUCAGCAGUCUGCAGUCGGUAGCGAAGUGGUUCUUAGCUACUCUGCAGGUGACGAACGGAGGAUUGCUGAGGGAGACUUUACACUUAAGAAGAAUGAAAGAGCUAAGUCAAUGCAAAUCUGCAUGUAACAUCUUCCUAUUUUAAAACUUAUGUAAAUUAACUAAGAUUCUGGUAUGUUUUCAAACCUUUUCAAUAAGAAUUUUUCAGAAUCUGUUUCCUGAAACAGAUAAUAGAAAAUGCUCUAUCCACCUUAUGCUCAUUCUACCCUACAAGAGAAAAUGCUCAGUAAAAUUUAAACAAGGUCUUAAAACAGAAAUGAAAACUAUUUGUCUUAUUAAAUUUUGGACAAGUGCAGAAUGGUUGCAAUUGAGAAAAAAACCAAAAUUUCCUUUCUGAAUUAUUUCUUAAAUAGUAGAACAUGAUAAAAUAAGAAAUGAAAUAAUAAUGUGAAUUUCAGCCAAACUUAUGCCCACAUUUUAUUUAUUUAUUUAUUUAUUUAUUCAUUUUUGGCUGUGUUGGGUCUUCGUUUCUGUGUGUGGGCUUUCUCUAGUUGCGGCGAGCGGGGGCCACUCUUCAUCGCGGUGCGUGGGCCUCUCACUGUCAUGGCCUCUCUUGUUGCGGAGCACGAUCUCCAGACGCACAGGCUCAGCAGUUGUGGCUCACGGGCCUAGUUGCUCCACGGCAUGUGGGAUCUUCCCAGACCAGGGCUUGAACCCAUGUGCCCUGCAUUGGCAGGCAGAUUCUCAACCACUGCGCCACCAGGGAAGCCCCUAUGCCCACAUUUUUAAUGUUGUUUGCUAUUAACAGGAUGAGCU